AGGUUCUUUGUCAUUGUGAAUGCUAUAACUUGUGGAUAUCUUGCUCUUUCUAUCCCUAUUUCUAUCUUUCAUAUUAUCAGAAGAAGAGCAGGAAAGAGCAGAGUUUUGCUCAUUUUUCUAGACGCGAUAAUGCUGGUUUUUAUCACAUCUGGAGCAUCAGCAGCAGCCGCGAUUGUGUAUUUAGCACAUAAUGGGAAUACUUCAACUAACUGGUUUUCGAUAUGUCAACAGUAUACAGAUUUCUGCCAGCGUUCUGCUGGAUCUCUCAUUGGAUCUUUUGGUGCAAUGGCGUUGCUUGUUCUCCUUAUUAUUUUGUCAGCUAUCGCGCUAUCCAGGCGCUAAAUUGUUAAAAAAAACUGGCUACAUUUGCAAUUGCUAGCCUUUGUGAUUCUGUUUGUGUGUAUUGUGUUUUGAAUUGUUAGUUUCAUGAGUUGCAUUACAUUGUACUUUUCACAACAUGAAACUUGUGUCAAGAUGUCAUUUAUCCCCAUGAAUAUUCAAAAAUGAAAAGAUUUCCUGUUUUCUGCUA